AUGAGUAUUAAAUUAAACUCCGGUCAUGAGAUGCCCCUUGUUGGUUUCGGUUGCUGGAAACUUGAAAACAAGAUAGCCGCUGACCAAGUCUAUGAUGCUAUAAAGACAGGUUACAGAUUAUUUGACGAGGCUCAAGAUUAUGGCAAUGAGAAAGAGGUGGGAGAUGGUAUAAAGCACGCAAUUGAUGACGGUCUUACAUCACGUGAAGAGCUUUUCAUUACUUCAAAGUUAUGGAACUCGUAUCACGAUCCCAAGAACGUUGAAUUAGCACUUGAUCGCAUCCUUUCCGAUCUUAAACUAGAAUAUCUUGAUUUGUUCUUGAUUCAUUUCCCAAUUGCACAAAAAUUUGUGUCGUUUGAUGAGAAAUACCCACCUGGAUUUUACUGCGGAGAUGGUGGUAAUUUUCAUUUUGAAAAUAUUCCUUUGCUAGAUACUUGGCAUGCAAUGGAAAAGCUUGUAGAAAAGGGCAAAGUCAAAUCUAUUGGUAUUUCAAACUUCAAUGGCAGUUUGAUUUAUGAUUUGUUGAGAGGCGCCAAGAUCCCACCUGCAGUAUUACAAAUUGAACAUCAUCCAUAUUUGCAACAAGAGAGAUUGAUUGAAUGGGUACAGAGUCAAGGUAUUGCAGUAACCGCAUACUCAUCCUUUGGGCCACUUUCUUUUGUUGAGUUGGAGAAUAAAAAGGCAAUUGAUGCUCCAAAAUUAUUUGAACACGACACUAUUAAAAGAAUAGCAGCAAACCACGGAAAGACUUGUGCACAAGUUUUAUUAAGGUGGUCUACUCAAAGAAAUAUUGCAGUGAUUCCCAAGUCAAGUAAACAAGAAAGGGCAAUAGAAAAUUUGGAAGUUAACAAAUUCAACUUGACCGAUGAUGACAUAAAGGAAAUUAAAAAAUUGGAUAAGGGACUAAGAUUCAACGAUCCAUGGGACUGGAACCACAUUCCAGUUUUUAUCUAG